UUUUAAGUGCGGCACAUUCCUGCACAGUGCCCACAGAGGAGUACUCACAGGCGGGGGGAGAUACACCGCGACGCCUCGCUCGCAGGGGCCCGGAGCUCACCUCCAGAAAAAAAGAACACCCCAAGACUCACACCCCGGUGGGCAAGUGAAUUCUUUCCUGCCUGACCGAAGCGAGCGACUUGGGCCGAGGAAACACGGUACCUCCUCUGCCGAUAUGUCGGAGCUUCUACUGAACGUGCUCGGGGAGCGGCUCGUCAACCGCGAGAAAGCCGAGGUGGACGUGCAAGCGCUGGGGGCCAAAGUGACACUGGUCGGCCUCUUCUUCGGUUGUAGCAUGAACGCGCCUUGUAAGCAGUUCAACGCCAGUCUGUGCGAGUUCUAUAGCAGGUUCAAAAAGACUUCGGAACAUAGGGACAAACUGGAGGUGGUCUUCGUCUCCUCGGACCAGGACCAGAAACACUGGCAGGACUUUUUGCAGGAGAUGCCGUGGCCAGCCUUGCCCUUUAAAGACAGACACAAAAAGAUGAAGCUGUGGAACAAGUACAAGGUCACCAGUAUCCCGUCCCUGGUGUUUGUGGAUACAUCCACAGGGAAGGUGGUGUGUCGGAAUGGUUUACUGGUGGUUAGAGACGACCCUAAAGGCCUGGAGUUCCCAUGGGGGCCAAAGCCAUUUGCAGAAGUGGUGGCAGGGCCUCUGCUCAGGAACAACACGCAGACGACAGACAGCUGCUCUCUGGAGGGGCACUAUGUCGGAGUGUACUUCUCUGCACACUGGUGCCCACCGUGCCGCAGUUUGACCCGUGUCUUGGUGGAGUCUUACCGCACCGUGAAAGAGUCGGGUCAAAAGUUUGAGAUCGUGUUCGUCAGUGCUGACAGAUCCGAGGAGUCUUUCAAGCAGUACUUCAGCGAAAUGCCCUGGCUGGCGGUGCCAUAUUCGGACGAGGCUCGGCGGUCACGAUUGAACAGGCUUUAUGGGAUUCAAGGUAUCCCCACCCUGAUUCUGUUGGACACAGAGGGUCACGUGAUCACACGACAGGGCCGGGUGGAGGUGCUAAACGAUCCAGAGUGCCGCCUCUUCCCUUGGCACCCUCGGCCUGUGCUGGAGCUCAGCGAGUCGAAUGCGGCGCAGCUCCAUGAAGGACCCUGCCUCGUCCUGUUUGUGGACGCCGAAGAGGAAGGCGAACUGGAGCCGGCCAAGGAGCUGAUCCAGCCCAUAGCGGAGAAGCUUAUGGCCAAGUACAAAGCCAAGGAGGAAGAGACGCCGCUGCUCUUCUUUGUGGCGGGAGAGGACGACAUGAGCGACUCACUGCGGGAUUACACGAACCUACCAGAGGCUGCACCACUACUCACCAUACUGGACAUGUCGGCGCGGGCCAAGUACGUACGCGAUGUGGAGGAGAUCACGCCAGCGGUCGUGGAGCAGUUUGUUGGCGACUUCCUGGCCGAAAAGCUGAAACCGGAGCCCAUCUGAUGCAGGAAGUUUAAAAUAUGAACGCUAUAAUGGGACUCGCACCGUCAUCCGUCGCUCAUCAUCAUCAACCCACUCAGUAUUUCAUCCCAUGACUUUUUACUGACAUUUUACUUUUUUUUUCAUUUCUAUGGAGUCUCUUCUUCUCCUGUGGUGCCUUGCAUUGACUAUUGUACCUACAGUUAAUAUAUUCAUUUGUUCUUCUUCUUCUUCACACUUUAUCACAUUCAACCUUCUGGAUUCUAGAGAAGCCCAGCGGACCUACUCCCGAUUUUAUUUUGCCUUCUGGAGGAUGGAAUUUUUUUUUAAAAAGGAAUAAAGUGAUUGCAGCA